AUGGCACUUGCCAAGGACCAAAUGCCACAUGACUCGUGCAUGGGCUCGGUUCAAGUUCCUGGUUUUUCCUCGCCAGGACCUUAUGCCGUAGAUGAUCAUGGACAUAGCAAGGCAGUUCUGCAAGAAGAAGACUUUUUAGAAAAUGGGGUUGUGAUUAAGGAUAUUGGCAUGGGCCAUUCAUCUCCAGUACUUUUCGGUCCCUGCAGCAGCGUGAAUUCUAAUGCGUCGUUUGUGUUUACGGCUACAAGUAAUUAUCAACCUGAAGAAGCUGCUGAUCAUUCCUUGAUAGAUUUUAAAGGCGGGUACGGUAAUUUCAUGCAUGCUUGUGAAUCUUUACUUAGCUUUGAGCAGAGUGAACGGGCUUCGCUAAACAGAAAUUUCUUGAAAACUAACAAUCACAAAGAUGAGUACUCAAUGUGGGAGCAGGCUAAUUUCAGUCAGAAUUACCAGCGGAAUCAGAUUAGUACUACUACUCCAAAAUGCGGAACCGACCCACGCCUUUUGGAGGAGUUGAGUUGUUUUCAGACAGCAAGCAAUGACAGCUCCAUCACCAACACCUCUGCAAAAGAAAGGGAGCAUGGGGAAGAUGGGACCUAUGGAUGGUUAUACUCCGAAGCAACUGUGGUCACUGAUAGCAUCCAGGAGUCUACACAUGAAACAAGCUUCCACAAGCGUGUCCAUAUGGGAGAGAGAACGCAAGCUUUAAAGAAGCAGUGCACCAAUGCAAAUAAGAAGCCCAAACCAAAGUCAAGUUCACCUAAGGAUCCUCAAAGUAUUGCAGCCAAGAAUCGGAGAGAGCGGAUUAGCGAGCGGCUUAAGGUAUUGCAGGAACUUGUGCCUAAUGGUUCCAAGGUUGAUCUGGUUACCAUGUUGGAGAAAGCGAUCAGUUAUGUCAAGUUUCUUCAACUGCAAGUUAAGGUGUUGGCAACGGAUGAAUUUUGGCCUGCUCAAGGUGGGAAAGCUCCUGAUAUUUCUCAAGUAAAGGAAGCAAUUGAUGCCAUUCUCUCCUCUCAGAGAGACAGAAAUUCGAGCUCAAAGUGA